CACGCCUCCGCGCCCCGCGCUCUGGGGCGGCUGGGAGUGCGGACUGCGGCCGGACGCAGUACCGUGCAGCCGCCGGAGCGCUAAAAUUGGACAUCAAUAGCCUACCGCAAGACCGGUCUCUGGCAUUCGCCGAGAGUCUUUUGGCACUCCAUAGUCAAAAGAGCGGGUAAAAAAGACUCGCGCCACUGCUGCAAAGGCCGUAAAAAUGGGCGUCUCCGACGACCGCCCGCAGCGCGAGGCGGCGCAGGUCGAGCCCGGCGCCUUCGCCGGCGACGGCGCCGGCGAGUACCGCGGCCGACUGUGUGGAAAUCAACCAGUGCAUCAGGUGCACCCGACAAUUCUUCACUAAGUCAUUUCUCAGCGAUGGCGUGGCCGCGCUGGUUCCGUCGAGCGGCGAGGAAUCGGCAUCGCCACGCCAUCGAGCAGGCGUCGCGUCGAUGGCGUGGAGGACGACGAUGUGCUGAAUCGAACGCGUCGUAAAAUUUUGAUUUCCACACAGGCGGCCAUCCCGACAACUGGGCCAAGCAGGGCGCGGCGGCGGCGCCGAACGGCGGCGACCCGGAGGGCCCGGCGCACGCGCCCGUCGACAAGGACGCGCCCUACGACAUGCCCAGCAUCCCGCGCGCGGGCGCCACGGACGCGGACUUCGCGGCGGGCACGACCGUCGAGCGCGUCGUCGGCCACGACGAGUGGCGCGCGCUCGUGCCGGAGAUGGUCGCCGUCUGCUUCGAGGCCGCGAAGCGGCUCCUGAAGCCCUGGGAGCAGAUCCUGGAGCCGCCCCUCUCGGCGGACUACGUCGCGGAGCGCAUCGUCCUCGCCCCCUCGCCGCCCGAGGGCUACGUCGCGCGCGAGCGCGGCGAGCGGCGGCGCAUGCAGGGCUUCGUGCUCAUCUGCGACUUCUGCACCUUCUCCAAGUCGCUGCGCUGGACGUCGACGCACCCGGCCGCGCUCGCCGGCACGUUCGACGUCCUGCCGCACGAGCGCGUCGCGCGGCGCCGCGCCGCGUGGCCGCCGCGGAACGCGUCGGCCGCCGAGGUCGCCGACGGCGCCGCCGGCUGCCACCGGUCGUCGAUGGAGGCCCGGACGCUGCGCAAGGUGGACGACUCGGGCGCCGUCGCGCGCGCCCUGGAGGCGACGGGCCCCUGCGACACGCGCGAGCCGCGCGACAAGGAGUACGGCGACGCCAUCAGCGUCUGGCCGAAGCUCGCCGAGGUCGCCGUGCUCGGCGCGCUGGGCUGCGGGCGCCGCCUGCUGGACAAGGCGCUGGCGGACUGCGCCGCGAACGACCGCCACGCGCACGCCGUGCUCCACGCGACGAAGGACGCCGUGAAGUUCUACGAAAAGGUCGGGUUCGUCCGCGUCGGCGCCGUGUCGCGCUUCCGCGACCGCGCGGACGUGCCGCAGCUCGCGUACCGCCACUGGACGCGGCGCGUCGACGAGGUGUCGUACAUGAUGGCGCGGCCCCUCUCGGCCGUCGACGACGCGCCGCCGCCGCCCGUCUCGCGGCGGCGCCUCUCGCGGCGCCACGCCCUGGAGCUCGUGCACACGUGCAUGUACGGCGACGUCAUGGCGCCCGGCGGCGCGACGGCCUUCCGCGAGUGCCUGCUCCUCGCGAUCGGCUACGCGUCGGAGGGCGGCGCGCCGGACCGGCCGCUGGCGCUGGCGCUGGCGGCGGCGCUGUCGGUGUUCCGCGCCGACAUUCCCGACAAGACGCUCUCGAUCCUGCGGGCCAAGGUCCUCCCCGCGCUCUCGAACGAGUCCGACGACGACGACGACGGCGCGGGCGACGACGACGCGCUGCGGUCUUUGCCUGUGUGGAAAUUAAACCAUCGAGACGACGUCGCGUCGAUGGCGUGGGGCGUCCGAAAUUUGAUUUCCACACAGGUCCUUGCUCCGGGCGCCGGGCGUGCCCUGGCUCGGACCGCCCUUGCUCCGGGCGCGCGUGGCGAAGCGCAAGGUCGUUGUGCGCCUCAGGUCGGACUCGCUGGUGCGAGUGGGUGUAGAAAUCAAAUUACGCGGCGCUUCUCGGAUACGGCUGCAUCAUAACCUCCACGCCAUCGACGCGACGCUUGCUCACGGAUCGAUUUCCGCACAGGUGCGGGCCGUUCCCACGGACGCCGCGAACUGCCUCUUUCGCGUGCGGCUGGCCACGAACCCGCGGCCCGCGCUCGCGCGCGCCUACCUGUCGAAGACGAAGCGCCGGAAGCUCUUGCGCGGAUGAACCGUGAUACCACUUAAUUAUACUAUUUAUA